AACAUAAACCUGCCAGAAGCUGACGCUUGUCAGCGGAUGAUGUACGGUUGAAAUCAGUUGUCGCUAAACAUAACUGAGAAAGACAUUCCUACGGUAAAGCGUGCUCGCAGUUAAGAAUACUUCAUAUAGCAUUAUAUUGUUAAGUAUUUGUUUAUCAAUCCUGUAAAACUAGAAUUAAACAACACAAAUGAGAGUUGUUAUUUUGUGGUUCGCCGCUUGUGUGCAUGUUAGUCAAUCGGGUGCACCCAUCGUGUCCAGGUGGGACGUGUUUUCCACGAAGACACUGUACCGUUGGGCGCAUGAUACCACCGUGCCGAACUCAAACAGCGACAACGCCAUCAUAUACAACAAUCGGCUAUGCAGCGCGGCACACGUGAACAUGGUCAUCAGGCACGGAGCGCGCUUCCCGACCGACGGCAGUAUCGAGAAUGUACACGAGCUGGUAAAGAAGUUGAAGAAGAACAAGAGGCCCGACCGAUAUCUGGAAAUAGAUAACUGGGUUUCACCCUACGACGUCAUUGAAGAGAGCAAAUUGAACAGUGAAGGGGUACUGGAGCAGUCAGCUCUAGGCGUGAGGACUUACACACGAUUUCAGAGACUGUUUGAUAUGAACGGCGAUAGCGCGGUGUUUGUCUCUACCGAUAAACAGCGCACAAAGGCCAGCGCUAAUUCUUUUUUCAACGGCUUCUUCAAUGCUUCCGGUGAAUGUCUGGUCGGCGAAAAGGACUGUUUCUUUCCGCCGACUCCGCUGAAGAGGCCGGCACCGAGUUUGAACAUCGACGACAAGCGCCUCAGAUACUAUGAUUCGUGUGAAAGAUUCGAAAAAGACUCUGAAAAGAAUAAAACCAACAUGGCCGAGUUUUCAAAGUAUGAGACUACAGCGGAUUUUAUGAAUAUUAUCCAGUCGAUAAAAAAUAGCUUAGGUUUAAACAAAGAUGUCGAAAUUGAAGCAGAUGAUGUGUACACGCUGUACGACCUGUGUGCCUAUGACCAAUACACCCUGAACCCCAACAUGCCGCCCGUGUGGUGUCGUCUGCUCAGUGACGCACAGAGGGAGGUGCUAGAGUACGGACAGGAUAUCGAGAAGUGGUACGAGACCAUGUACUCUCAGCCCAUCAACAGCGUGGUGGCCUGCCCGCUCGUGCGGUCCAUGUUCGAGCACCUGAAGGCCAGCAUUAACGACUCUUGGAACUACAAUCAGGCCAUACACAAUGACAGGUACAAGGCGGCCGUGUUCCAGUUCGCCCACUCGGAGACUGUGGCGACUCUUAUGGCAGCGCUAGGCCUGUACAAGGACACCCGACCACUCCUGGCCAACAACCGCGCCGCCAUGACCAACCGCCUCUUCAAAUCCAGCACGCUGCUUCCCUUCUCGUCAAAUCUCGCGCUUGUACUGUACGCGUGCGAGCUGAACCAAAGUGACGUCAACAGCACACGUGACUUCGUUCUGCAGCUCUUCGUAAACGAGCAGGUGGUUCGCAUCCCAGGAUGUAACACUGAUGCGUGUCCCUUUGAGAUAGUCCAUAAACGAUAUGCCGAACUUAUCAAUAAAUGCAACAUGAAAGACAUUUGCGAGCAUGACGAUGACGACGAUGACGACGACGACAAGAAUGGUGCUAGUUCCAUUAACGAUACUGUGACAAGUGUAGCUUUCGCUGUUUUUCUUAGUUAUGUUAUUAGAAUCUUUUAAUCUACAUUUUUGGACACUUUUAUGAUAAGUAUGCUUAAAAAAAAAAGCUCAUGAUCGUUCAAUUGUAAAGAUUACUCAUUUGUACAAAUAAUAUUCAUCAAAAUUACUCAUUUGUACAAAUAAUAUUCAUCAAAAUAGAGUGGUAUAAGGGUUAAAAAGUUAUUUCAAUUUUACAUACUUUAUUUGUAUUUUUACCUUUUCAUGUAAAUAAUUUACUUACGGUGUUCUUAGAUACUUUAGAGCGAUAUUGUAAAGUGUAUCUUCUAUUCAUUUUUUAGUGCCAAUUAAGCCUCUUCGAUAAACGCUCAACGCCAAAUAUUUAAACUGCAUUUUUUACGAAACUUACCACAUAAUACUAUCAAUCUAAAUUUAACGAUGAAUGUCGUAUAUCAGCUUCAUAUUUAAAUUGUAUGUUUGUAUCUUAGUUUUGCAAUAUGUAAAAAAUGUUGCCGUGUAA